AGAAGUCGCUGCCAGAGUCCGGGUCAAGUGCGUCCGCUGAAGCCACAGCCAAUCAAUCAACAUGAUUGAAAAGCCCAAACACCAUUUCAAAUCCUUGCCAAAAGGCACUUGGAAGCGUUUAAAAGACUUACAAAGGCGUCGUCGUUUCCCGGUAGAGGACAUCGUCCAGGACUCACUUGUUGACCACGAAGCUGGCACUUUGCUAUUGCCAAUUGUACAUAGAUCCGAAAAUAGAUCCCAUACUGGAGCCAUACCCAAGAAGCCCAAAGACGCCGAUCAGGAUCAAAGUUGCCGGAUUACAGAGCUUAGAUUUAGGCAGUUCCAUCGCGAUAUCCGCACCCAUCCCUUCACAGACACCAAUGUGGAACGAGGCAGGAAGCAACAGGACACAGAAGUAGAGGAAGAUAUAGACAAUAUGCCUAGUGAUAAAGAUAAUCAAGAAACCAAACCCCUAAACAAUAACAACUCUAAUGGAAGUGGAGGCAGUGCAUCGAGUAAGCCCAAAAUCCAGCCAAAGUACAGCAUCCACCGGGAUGUCCUCACCCACGAGGUGGUGAUUAAACAGACCGGUUAUGCGGCGAGGGACAAGAGCAUCCCCUCCUCCCUGCGCAGCUGCUGGCAGAGCUGGAGCUUCUUUUCGCUCUUCACGGGAAUAAUCCCCAUCCUGCAAUGGCUUCCACAGUAUUCGCCCCGCAGAGAUCUGGCCGGAGAUAUUAUAGCCGGAUUUACGGUGGCCAUCAUGAAUAUACCCCACGGCAUGGCCUACGGUCUGUUGGCGGGAGUUUCGGCCGGAAAUGGCCUCUACAUGGCUGUGUUUCCGGUCUUGGUAUACAUGUUCCUCGGCACCUCCAAGCACAUCUCCAUCGGCACCUUCGCGGUGGCGAGUAUGAUGACCCUGAAAGUGGUGGAGACGUACGCCACUGUGGAUGAGAGGUUUGGGCCUCCUUCGGUGGUCAAUGGAACAUCCCUGCUAUUGGCCAAUGCCACAGCUGGACCACCAGUGGAUCAAAUCACGCACCUGGAGGUGGUUACUUCUCUGGCCCUGACUGUGGGAAUAGUUAAUCUCCUCAUGGCAUUCCUGCGCCUGGGAACUUUGGCCUCCCUGCUAAGUGAUCCUUUGGUGAAUGGCUUCACGACGGCUGCCGCCUGUCACGUGGUCACCGCCCAACUGAAGGAUGUCCUGGGCAUCCCCGUGAAUCGAUAUAUCGGAGCCUUUAAAAUCAUUUACACUGUGAUUGAUGUCAUCAAGGGAGUGCCCAACACCAACCUGGUCAACUUCGGCUUUUGUGUGGCGGUUAUUGUCUUCAUGACAAUUUGCAAUGAGUGCCUGAAACCAUGCCUGAGCAAAAAGUGCCGCUUCCCUCUGCCCGCCGAGCUGAUUAUGGUCAUUGGUGGCACCUUGAUAUCCAAGUGGUUCAACCUGAAUCAGGAGUACCAGGUGAAUCUGGUGGGGAAUAUUCCCAGUGGUCUGCCGGAGCCAGUGCUGCCGCGCCUGGACUUGGUGCCCAAGGUGGCAGUGGAUUCGAUUGCCAUCGCCAUUGUCACCUAUUCCAUAAUCAUGUCCAUGGGUCUGACAUUCGCCAAGAAGCACGGCUACGAGGUGAGGGCCAAUCAGGAGCUCUUCGCCAUGGGCAUUGGCAACAUGGUGGGUGGUUGCUUCUCCUGCAUUCCCAUGGCCUGCUCUCUGUCGAGAUCUGUGAUUCAGGAUCAGACGGGUGGUGUCUCCCAGAUAGCUUCGUUGGUUUCUGCCUCACUGGUGGUGAUCACUCUCAUGUGGAUUGGACCCUUCUUCAGCAGUUUGCCAAGGUGCGUUCUGGCUGGAGUCAUCAUCGUGGCCCUGAAACCCAUGUUCAUGCAGGCCAGGGAACUGAAAAAGUUCUCCAAACAGGGCAAGCUGGAGAUGUUUACCUGGAUAUCCACUUUCAUGUGUGUGGUUCUCAUCGACAUUGACAUUGGCCUCCUCAUUGGCAUCUGCAUUUCCCUCCUGGCCCUGUACAUCAAGGGCCUGAAGCCGUACUCCUGUUUGCUGGGCUAUAUGCCAGAGUCUCCUGGAAUCUACUUGGACCUCAACCAGCACCGGAAUGCCAUGCAGGUGCCUGAGACGAGGAUUUUCCGGUACAGCGGAUCCCUGAACUUUGCCACAAGUCUGUUCUUCCGAAGGGCCCUCUACGAGGCCGUGGGUCUGGACAAGAUGCCUCCAAAGAAAGCCAGUAGCAGCGCCAGCAAUAGCAACAGUCCCAGUAGGGCCAGUAAAUCGAGCUACUCCCCAGUCUCCCAAAACGGCGGAAAGGUCAUCGACGUGACGGAUUCUUCCUUCAAGAUGCUCAUCCUGGACUUUUCCACGCUGGGACACAUCGAUGUGGCCGGUUGCCGCACUCUGACCGAUGUGAGCAAAGAGUUGAAGGCUCGAGGAGCCCGUUUGCUCCUGGCCAGUCCUGUGGAUCGGGUGUACGACACCCUGGUACAUAGUAUGGCCCUCAGUGAAGGACCCUUUGAGAUCUUUCCCACGCUGCACGAUUGCGUGGAGUACGCCAAUGCCUGUCGAACGGCGUGAGAGGAGGAGGUCCUUGCUGGCAAGGCGAACGCAGUUUUGUGAUAUGUCCAAGUGAUAGCUUGUGAAUCGUAGCACCAAAACCCCUUCCUAGAUGCUAAGUCCUAUUUUUAAACUGAAUAGAAACAAAAGUUGCCGUCUACAAUCAAGCAGAUUAGACUAAGUUCGUUUAAGUGCCUCCGAAACGAUGAUUUUUGUACUUAAAAAGAAACUAUAUAUAAUACUAUAUAUACAGCCCACCAUAGUGAAGGCAAGCGAAGAACUUGAAGCGAUCGAUGAAGUGAUCAUUGGUCGAGUGCAAUUUACCAAAAUGAACAAUGUAAACCACACACAAUUAGUUUAUAGUCAAGAUGUAUGAAAUUGUACAUAAAUAUUAAAAUGAAAUUGUUAAAAAAAA